AUGUCUUACGGCGGUGGUGGUUAUUCGCGCGGCGGUGACGGUGGCUACCGAUCCCGUGGCGGUUAUGACAACAGCAACGGUAACAGCAACGGAUAUGGCGGCGGUGGUGGUUACGGCGGCGGAUACGGUGGUGGCCGUGGCGGUGGUUACGGAGGUGGUGGUUAUGGCGGCGGUGGCGGUGACCGCAUGUCCAACCUCGGCCAAGGUCUUGAGCAGCAAGAAUGGGAUCUGAGCGCCCUCCCGAAGUUCGAGAAGUCUUUCUACAAUGAGCACCCUGAUGUUACCGCCCGCUCUGAGGCGGAGGUUGAGGCUUUCCGCAAGAAGCACCAGAUGGCCGUGCAGGGCCGCAAUGUUCCUCGCCCCGUUGAGACCUUCGAUGAGGCUGGUUUCCCUGGAUACGUUCUGUCUGAGGUGAAGUCGCAGGGCUUCGAGCGCCCCACCGCUAUCCAGUCCCAGGGAUGGCCCAUGGCCCUUAGCGGUCGCGAUGUUGUUGGUAUUGCUGAGACUGGCUCCGGCAAGACCCUGACUUACUGUCUUCCCUCCAUUGUCCACAUCAACGCUCAGCCUCUUCUGGCCCCUGGCGAUGGCCCCAUCGUCCUUAUCUUGGCCCCCACCCGUGAGCUUGCUGUCCAAAUUCAAGCCGAAAUCACCAAGUUCGGAAAGUCUUCCCGCAUCCGCAACACCUGUGUGUACGGUGGUGUCCCCAAGGGUCCCCAGAUCCGUGACCUGUCCCGUGGUGUCGAGGUGUGCAUUGCUACCCCUGGUCGUCUCAUUGAUAUGCUCGAGGCCAAGCGCACCAACCUUCGUCGUGUCACCUACCUUGUUCUUGACGAGGCUGAUCGCAUGCUGGACAUGGGUUUCGAGCCCCAAAUUCGCAAGAUCAUUGGCCAGAUUCGCCCUGACCGUCAGACUUGCAUGUGGUCUGCUACUUGGCCCAAAGAAGUCCGUCAGCUUGCGUCCGACUUUUUGAACGACUACAUCCAGGUGAACAUCGGUUCCAUGGAUCUGUCUGCUAACCACCGCAUUACCCAAAUUGUCGAGGUCAUGAGCGACUUCGAAAAGCGUGACCGAAUGAUCAAGCACAUGGAGAAGAUCAUGGAGGACCGUGCCAACAAGAUCCUCAUUUUCACUGGUACUAAGCGUAUUGCCGAUGAGAUCACUCGUUUCCUGCGCCAGGACGGCUGGCCUGCACUUUCCAUCCACGGUGACAAGCAGCAGAACGAGCGUGACUGGGUUCUGAACGAAUUCAAGCAGGGCAAGAGCCCCAUCAUGGUGGCCACCGAUGACUAUGUCCACCGUAUUGGUCGUACUGGCCGUGCUGGUGCCAAGGGUACCGCCAUUACCUUCUUCACCACUGACAAUGCUAAGCAAGCCCGUGACUUGGUCACUAUCCUGACCGAAGCCAAGCAGCAGAUUGACCCCCGUCUCGCCGAGAUGGUCCGUUACGGCGGUGGCGGCGGUGGUGGUGGUCGCUGGGGUGGUGGUCGCGGCCGCGGUGGCUGGGGAGGUCGCGGACGUGGCGGCGGUGGUUACACUGGCUCCAACGCCGGUGCCCUUGGUGGAAACCGCCGUUGGUAA